AUGUCUUUUGAGGAGAAUCUGUUACUUCAAGAAGCAAGCGAUAACCACCAUUUGGACGAGCAUCAGGCUCAUCUUCUGGACGACGAGAACGAGGCGUCAGUGGUUGGCCGGGCACUCACGGCGAUUGUGGAUAUUGGGUCGAAUGGAAUCCGGUUUUCGAUUUCUUCCGAGGCCCCCCACCACGCUCGAAUUAUGCCCUGUGUUUUCAAGGAUAGACUGGGCAUCUCGCUGUUUGACGUCCAGCUGCCGGAUUCCGCAAACUCGAACGUCAAAAAACCGAUUCCCGACGACGCUAUUAGGGAGAUUAUCCAGGCCAUGAAGCGGUUCAAAUGGAUAUGUGAGGACUUUGGUGUGCCUGAGAACGCCGUCAAGGUGGUCGCCACAGAGGCGACCCGUGAGGCAUCCAAUUCGCAAGAAUUCAGAGACAUCAUCUACAAAGCGACCGGAUGGAAGGUGUUUUUGUUGAGCAAAGAGCAGGAAGCCACAACCGGGGCAUUUGGAGUCGCAUCGUCUUUCCAUGAUAUUUCCGGACUUUUCAUGGAUCUUGGUGGCGGAUCCACACAAAUCAGUUGGAUCAGCGCCAAGGGCGGAGAAGUCAAGAUCAGCGAGCACCCGGUCUCACUGCCAUACGGUGCUGCCGCACUGACAAACAGAUUAAAGUUCGAAGACCACAUGUACAUCUACAACGAGAUCAAAAGCGCGUACGAGGUGGCACUGGAGAAGAUCGAUCUACCACAGGAACUUAUUGACGAGGCCGAGGCCAACGGCGGUUUCCGAUUGUUCUGUUGCGGAGGAGGACUGCGUGGACUUGGCCAUUUACUUAUUGCCAACGACCCAGAGUAUCCAAUCCAGACCAUCAUUAACGGAUACUCAACAACGUACGACAACGUGCGUAAGAUGGCCAACUACUUGCUGCUGAAGGGAGAGGUUCCAAGAGUGGCUUCCGGAGGAAAACUGUUCAGAGUGUCUGCCAGACGUGAGCAACAGCUUCCUGCCGUGGGUCUGCUUGUUUCUGCGGCCUUUGAGUCUCUUCCAAAAAUCAAAGCCGUUCAUUUCAGCGAAGGAGGAGUCAGAGAAGGUGUUUUGUACUCCAUGAUUCCAAACCAGAUCAAGAUCGAGGAUCCGUUGAUCACUGCCACUCGUCCAUAUGCUCCGCUACUUGCAGGCAAGUACCGGGAUCUUGUGCAAACCAGUUUGCCGGCCAAGAACAUUGUUCCCUCGGAAGUCACUGAUAGAGUUGUUCCUGCCCUGUGUAACAUUGCGUUUGUGCACUGUUCAUAUCCAAAAGAAUUGCAGCCUACAGCCGCACUUCAUAUUGCUACGACCGGAAUUAUUGCCGGCUCCCACGGGCUUUCUCACAAGAUUAGAGCGUUGAUCGGAAUUGCGUGCUGCGAGAGAUGGGGUGCCGAUAUCCCGCCUUCUGAGGAACAGCAUUAUUCCAGCCUCGAGAAGCUGGUUUUAGAUGCCGACCCAGAAAACGGUGAAAAACUCAUGUACUGGACCAAGUUCUGCGGGAAGAUGAUGCACGUUAUCUGUGGUAUCAACCCUGGUGGUAACAUCAGACCGGGAUCUUUGGUUUUCCAGGUCAAGGCCGAUACUCGAACCAGCGAGGCCAACCUUACAAAUGCCGUCAACGGGCUCGGCGACCUCAACGUUUCGGACGAUGAGACUACAGAGGUUAAGGUGAAGAACGAGGUUUCGGUGCUGCUUCCUAGAGACGACGUCAAGUACAGCUAUUCUGUUCGGAACCGUAUUGUGGGGUUGCAGAAGAAAAUCAAGAAACUGAACAAACGGUACAGCAUUAACGGGAAAGUGCGUGUGGUGAUCCGUUACGAAGACAUCGAGUAA